AUGGAACGACUGGCUAAUGAGAAGAAGAGCAGCUACCUGGCUCGGAUCCCUGUGAUCAAAGUCCAAGUCCUGUAUGGAGGCACAGAUCUCUUUGACUAUGAGGUACGGAGGACCUUCAAUAAUGACAUGCUCCUGGCCUUCAUCAGCAGUAGCUGCAUCGCGGCUCUGGUCUACAUCCUCACCUCCUGCUCAGUGUUCCUGUCUUUCUUUGGGAUUGCCAGCAUUGGCCUGAGCUGCCUGGUUGCCUUGUUCCUCUACCAUGUUGUUUUUGGAAUCCAGUACCUGGGCAUCCUCAAUGGUGUGGCUGCUUUUGUCAUUGUAGGCAUUGGUGUGGAUGAUGUCUUUGUCUUCAUCAACACCUACCGCCAGGCCACCCACCUGGAGAAUCCACAGUUGCGCAUGAUCCACACCAUCCAGACAGCGGGCAAGGCCACUUUCUUCACUUCCUUGACCACUGCCGCUGCCUAUGCAGCCAACAUCUUCUCCCAGAUCCCAGCCGUUCAUGACUUUGGCUUGUUCAUGUCCCUCAUCGUGUCCUGUUGCUGGCUGGCAGUGCUAUUCACCAUGCCUGCUGCCCUAGGAAUCUGGAACCUCUACGUGGCCCCACUAGAAAGCUCCUGCCAGACAAGCUGCCACCAGAAAUGUGUCCGGAAGAGCUCGCUCCAUCUCUCCAGUGGCCUGUUCAUCAGUCCAGAACCAGGAGGGAUGGGCCCAGCCCAAGGUCCUAUGCCCUAUCUGGAUGAUGAUAUCCCACUGUUGAAUGUGGAGGAGGAGCCAGUCACCCUGGAGAUGGGGGAUGUCCCCCUCGUGUCUGUGCUCCCCGAGAACCUGCAGCUUCCCCUGGAGAAAAGCAGCCGAGGCCAGCUCAUCACUCAGCUCCAAGAACUUCUCCACCACUGGGUAUUGUGGUCAGCUGUGAAGAGCCGCUGGGUCAUUGUGGGGCUGUUUGUCACGGUCCUCAUCCUGUCCCUCUAUUUUGCUAGCCGGCUCCGUCCGGCCAGCCGAGCACCACUCCUUUUCCGACCGGACACCAACAUCCAGGUGUUGCUGGACCUCAAGUACAACCUGAGUGCUGAAGGCAUCUCAUGUGUCACCUGCUCAGGUCUGUUUCAGGAAAAGCCCCACAGUCUUCAGAAUAACAUCCGAACAUCUCUGGAGAAGAAGAAAAGGGGUUCUGGACCUGCCUGGGGUAGCCGGAGUGAAGCCACCCAACAGGAACCCCAGGGCACUGUUUAUAUCUCCAAGGCCAAGAGCAAAGGCAGACCAGCCAUCUACAGGUUCUCUCUCAAUGCCAGCCUACCUGCACCAUGGCAAACUGUGUCCCCUGGGGAUGGGGAAGUGCCUUCCUUCCAGGUGUAUAGAGUGCCUUACGGUAACUUCACCAAGAAGCUGACCGCUUGUAUGUCUACAGUAGGGCUGCUCCAGCAGACGAGCCUCCGGAAAUGGAUGAUGACGUCUUUGGCCUGUGAUGCUAAGAGGGGCUGGAAAUUUGACUUCAGCUUUUAUGUGGCGGCCAAGGAACAGCAGCGAACCCGGAAGUUAUAUUUUGCCCAGUCCCAUAAACCACCAUUUCACGGGCGUGUGUGUGUGGCACCUCCUGGCUGUCUUCUCAGCUCCAGCCCAGAUGGACCCAACAAAGGCUUUCUCUAUGUGCCCAGUGAGAAAGCCCCCAAGACCCGGCUUUCUGCAACAUCAGGCUUCAACCCCUGUGUGAACAUUGGCUGUGGAAAGCCUGCGGUGCGCCCGCUGGUGGACACGGGCGCGAUGGUCUUUGUGGUCUUUGGCAUCCUUGGCGUCAACCGUACCCGGCACUCUGACAACCACGUCAUUGGAGACAUGGGCAGCGUUAUCUACGAUGACAGCUUUGACCUCUUCAAAGAGAUUGGGCACCUCUGCCGGCUGUGCAAAGCUAUAGCAGACAACUCAGAGCUGGUGAAGCCAGGUGGAGCCCAGUGCCUCCCCUCAGGUUAUAGCAUCUCCUCCUUCCUACAGAUGUUACAUCCUGAGUGCAAGAACCUGCCUGAGCCCAACCUACUCCCUGGACAGCUGUCCCAUGGGGCCGUGGGGGUACGAGAGGGCAAAGUGCAGUGGAUCUCCAUGGCCUUCGAGUCGACUACCUACAAAGGCAAGUCAUCUUUCCAGACAUACUCUGACUACCUCAAGUGGGAGAAUUUCCUCCAGCAACAGCUGCAGCUGUCCCCAGAAGGCUCAGCUCUCCGCCGAGGCUUCCAGACCUGCGAACACUGGAAACAAGUCUUCAUGGAAAUCAUAGGUGUGCAGAGUGCCCUCUAUGGUCUGGUCCUCUCACUUCUCAUCUGUGUGGCUGCCGUGGCUGUGUUUACCACUCACAUCCUGCUCCUGCUGCCCGUGCUCCUGAGCAUCCUAGGUAUCGUGUGUCUGGUGGUCACCAUCAUGUACUGGUCUGGCUGGGAGAUGGGGGCUGUGGAGGCUAUUUCUCUGUCUAUCCUGGUUGGCUCUUCUGUGGAUUACUGUGUCCAUCUGGUGGAAGGGUACCUGCUGGCUGGAGAGAACCUCCCCCUCCACCCAGCUGAGGACCCCAGUGCCCAGCGCCAGUGGAGGACCCUGGAGGCUGUCCGGCAUGUGGGUGUGGCCAUUGUCUCAAGUGCUGUCACCACAGUCAUAGCCACAGUACCCCUGUUCUUCUGCAUCAUUGCUCCCUUUGCUAAAUUUGGGAAGAUCGUCGCACUCAACACAGGGGUGUCUAUUCUCUACACUCUUACCGUCAGCACAGCCCUGCUGGGUAUAAUGGCACCCAGUUCCUUCACCCGAAGCAGGACUUCCUUUCUUAAAGCCCUUGGGGCUGUACUCUUGACUGGUUUCCUGGGUUUGGGUAUCUGUCUCCUGCUUCUAAGAAAUGGAUACAAGAUCCCCCUACCCAGUGGGACCAACCUCUAG